AUGAUGCCAUGGGGCACAUUCGCGCUCGCAAGCUGCACUCUAUGUGUGCAUGCCCUCGAGCAAUGUUUGCGCUGCCGGAAGCAGUGCAGCGAACUUUUCGACUUCACUGGAGAUGCAUUGCUCCGCGGCAGGUUGUGGGUUCUCUUCUCGUGCAGCUUCUUUCAUGGCACAAACUCGCAUCUCCUGCGUGAAGUGUUGCUCUUGCUACUGGUGGGUGUUCCAGCAGAGGAAGAGUUGGGAACACUGGUAUUUGUUGUUGCGUAUCUGGUUUCUGGGGCAUUUGGGGCUCUCUUCAGUUGGCUGACUCUGCGGCGGACCUUGCGGAACAGCCCAGACUACCUGGCGAUGCCAAGACAUCAUGUGGAUGCGGUGGCUGACUUAUCCAACAGUCGAGGGGCCAGCUCUUGCGUGUAUGGGGCUGCAGUCUUGGCUCUGCUGGUCGCUGGCGACCGCCUCCUUCCAGAAUGCUUCGCAAUGAGCUCCCAAGCUGCCAACGCUCUGCUGGUGGCAGCUCGCAUCCUUCCAGAAGUCUUUUCACCAAGGAGCAGUCGAAUUCAACAGCGACCCGUGGCUGCAGCGAUCCUACUGUCACUGCCACUUCUUGCUGCGUACAGCUCGGUGGUAUCACUGUCAGUGGCGCAGGCGGUAACUUUUUGGUUUUCCAUUCACUGCCUGCUGCGCCUCUUCCCUGGUAUAGUAUCACUGCAUCCGCAGUCAGAGUAUGCAGCGAUGGAUUAUGCUGGACACGUCUACGGUGCUCUGUAUGCCGGCCUUUGUGGAGUUUGCCACAUAUACUUAAACCGAAGGCACUAUCCCAGCAUGCAGGCUUGGCUGGCCUUGGGUGUGCUCAUGCUAUCGACGCUUCCUCGUGAGUUCUUUGCAGGGUUGUGA